CUCACCUUAAUUAAAACACCCUCACUCUCAACUGAGAAACGAAGAAUAGUGAAGACAGUUUCAGACCAUGAAGGUGCCCUUAUCCGUAACUUGUUUGGUGUUGCUUUUGCUUCCACGUGGGGAAGGUUUGUCGUGCUAUGAGUGCUUGGAAUCUUCCUCGUGGGACCAGUGCACGAACCAUCAGGAACCUCGUUACUGUGAACCCGGAUGGAAAUGCGUAAUCAUGAAAGAGAAGGCUAAGGGGAAGAACGAGUACUAUUACCGAAGAACGUGCAGUGAAGAGUCAGUGUGUAAAGAGUUCUGUAAAGACAAACAGGAUUGCGUUUACUCUUGUUGUGGCAGCGAUAACUGCAAUAAAGGGGAGAUCUAAGGAAAUGGCUCUUGGAUAACUCAACAACGUAAAUGAGUUUUGCAUAUGAUAUCAAUAAAA